AUGGCGUCUGUCGUCCGCGGCACGUCGCUCAGAGCCGGCGGCGCUUGUGUGCGUUGUCGCAAGGGAAAAACAAAGUGUGUCUACGAGAAUGGUCGCGCACCAUGCAGGAACUGUGCCAAGGGGAUGCACGAAUGUUAUCUACCUUCGGAGAGUAUGGCUCAUCAUCAUGGUCAAUCACCAGCAAGGCCUCCUCGCCCGCGUGAGAGUCUACCUGGAGAGCGAAGCGUGUCGGCAACCAGCGACCGCCAGCCUGUAGCGUCCGGCACUGUUUUGCCGCGCAAUAUGCAGACCAAUAGCGAGAAACUCAAUCCGGAACUGGUGACGGAAUGUGAGAGGGUAAUCAGCAAGACCAUUCCAUCUUGUGUUGCCUUUCACAAACCUUCCUUCCUGCAGAAGCUUAAGAAUGGCACCCUCGAGGCCAGCAUCGUCAACGGUCUUCUGACUUGUGCUGCACGGAGCUCUCCAGCAUUGAUUCGUCGCUAUGGCGGCCAGGGAGGUGCUUCGACUGCGGCCGAGCAUUUUGCCGUCAAGGCCAUCAAUAUAAUCAUGCAGAAUCUCGACAACCCGAGCUUGGCGGAUAUUCAGGCUCUUUGCCUUCUGAUCAUCCACGAAUGGGGUAACCGCAAUGCAGUCCGCGCGUACAUUUACCUUGGCCAAGCCGCUCGUAUGGCUCAGAUGUAUCGGAUAAUUGCAGUUCAUCAGAACCGAGACGAUCCGGAUCAGUUCAUUAAGGAGGAAUCGUUUCGGCGUACUCUGUGGCUUAUCUAUGUGUUGGAUUGCUUCCUCACAAGUAGCCCCGGCCGCCAGCCGGCCGUGUCCCACCAUGACAUCAAGGAUGUUCCACUUCCGUGCCUUGACAUGAGCUACAACUUCGGCACGCCCGUGUAUGUUCGUACCCUCGCCGGUGGGCCCCCUCCGGCGCUUCCCACUCCGUCCACCCCAAUUUCCGAGGUUGGCGAAUUUGGCCACAUCGUGAUGGCAACCCAGGCCUGGCGUAACGUUGUCGAAAUGCUCACCACCGUGACGAGCGCCACUUUCUCCGAAGAGGACUGUGCUUCUCUUGAGGCAGGUAUUGAAGCAGUUCGCAAUUCGCUACCACCACACUUUAUGGACAACAAGACCAGGCAAAUCAACCUACACAUUACGAUGGGUAGUGGAUUCACGUACGCCAUGUUGCAUUGUCUCCUUCAUUGCGCCACCAUCAUGGUAAACCGUCGUAGACUACUUCACCUUGUUACUACUGACGGAUUCAAUCACGAGACCUGGCGUAUGGUGCCGCAUGUUCACUUGCAGACGGUUGACCGUGUAUUUGCAGCUGCUGACAGCGUGGUAUCGCUCCUACUAGCCUUGGAAUCUAACGCGGACAAAGAUGCUGUCCUCAACUUCCCUUUAGUCAUGCUGUUUUCGUGCUUCACAGCUUGUUCUACUGUGGCUUGGUUUAGCCUGAAAGGAUUGACACCCGGCGAUUUGAACGAAACGGCCGAAUCGAUUGUUCGUGAUGGCAUGCGCUUUCUUCAAGAUGGAGCUAAUAUUUGGAUAUUGGCUGUUCCCUGGUAUCGUCACCUAUCUGUUAUGAAUAAGGUCUUGCGGAAUGGUGACAGGACACUUCAGAGAACACAGCCCGAGACUAUUGUGCCUUUGAUGAAAGAGGACACAGCAAGUCAACCGGACCCGGAUAGCAUGGAUUACGAGCGUCCGCAGUCGGCGAACGCUCAAGAGCAGACGGAUAAUCGAGGCAGCGAGCCACCACGAAAGUCCGGAUUCACCACCAUCAACGGAGGGUCGGUUGGUGUGUCACCGCCGGCUACCGCGAGCCCCCCUCCGGGCCAGUCGAAGGCAGACUCUCCAGCACGUUCCCCGUCUGGACAGCCGGCCGAAUCCGCGCCGGCUGCUGGUAACGAUAUGACCGCGGCCGAACUUUGCUUAGCGUUCGAGCGCCAGCUGCUAGAGUUAGACGAUCUCGCUGCCUUCAUGGGCGGAGGUGUGUGA